AUGCAGUUGACAAUCCAAGCCAGCUCUAUCCUCAGCCUCGGCCUCCUCCUCCUUACCCGGAGCGCGCAAGCCAGCUUCUACGUCUGCACCGGGGAGAAUUUCAAGGGCGAUUGCCAGAAUUUCGACAUGCCCUACAAUGAUUGUUACAACCUGGACGCGGGCUACGCCAGAAGGGUCACCUCCGCUGGUCCAGACGAGGGGUCUUAG